AUGCUUGUAAAGCCGCUGAGGCAGCGCGCCAGCCUGCCGGAGCCGGUGACGGAGCCCAUGACUAUACUGGACGCCAACGCCGAUGUGGUGAUCGAGGACGGACCAGUUAUCAUCAACGAGAAGGGCGAGCUGGAGGAGCCGGAGGAGGUGACGCUGGACCUGAGCGCGCUGAUGGGCGCCGCCGACCACGGCGCCGCCGCCGCCGAGCUGGACGCCGACGUCGGGUACUUCGACGUGAACGGACAGUUCGUCGAGCGCUCGCCGGUGAAGAGUGACUGGAGCAGCUCGCGCUUCUCGGUCGAGGCGUCUGCCGCUCAGGACGACGGUGUCGCUGCCGUCGGCGCCGCCGCCCCGAUGGUGGUGGUGCUGCCCGACCCACAGCUGGCGGCACUCUCCGUGUUCGACGGAGAGACGCAGCCGCUGUGAGCGCAAACAGCGCCAUCUCAGGAGCACCUGGAGAGGUCCGUCGCCGCGCGAUGCGCCCGCCAUCUCGUGGCCGGCUCGUCAAGCUCGCUUUGGGCGAGUGGCCGCCGGGCGGGCCUCGGCCAGCUGAGUACAAAGGUCCGGAGAAGUC